CAGUCUCGCGGAUAAAAAUGGCCGUGGUGUUGUCUUCGGUGUGCUUUGCUUGAAUAAUUUCUCGUAAAACUUUGAAAGCAUUUAAUUAACAAACUUUUCUAAGCUGUUGUGUAUUUAAGGGAAGUGCUUUAUUAUUAAAGUGACUUACAAUAGUGUUACGUGACUGAAACAUGUCUGAAAGCACAAGCCCAAGUGUGCUAAGUUACUUGAGACAGUAUAGGUUUCAGAAAAAACCGAAUGGCGAUGGCAGUAACAGCAUUGUUACUAUGUCUGGCCCCUCGGCGACUGCCCAACCUCAAAGCAGAAUGCCAGCCCCCAACACCGUAAACAGAAACGGGCCUAUGGUAUACAAACGCAUCAGGUUGCCCGACUCGGACUCCGAUGACCCUGGAACACCAGCCAAGAAGAUCAUUGUUACCAGCCCAGUGGUAGUGACGUCACAGCCGCCCAGCCAGCAGGGUCAACAGCAGCCCUUGACAACUGCCAUCAGAGAGAAACGUUUUAGGAACAUGCUGGAAAUGUUUCCGGAAGUUUCUCCUAUGUUCAUAAAAAACACUCUCGUAAAACAUGGCUGGAACGAAGAACGCUCAAGAGACGAGCUCCUCAAACACGACCCUGAGAGCAACGACCGAGCGCCAACAUCCUCGUCCUACCAGGGCUCCCGUCCCGGCUUCUCCGGACAACGGCCAAACGGCUCCAACUUGGGCGUUGUCCGCGUGACGAGUACACCCGCUGGUACUGGGGCUACUACGGUGGUGGUUAGGAAGCCGCUGGCGGCGCAGGGGGGGAGGGCCAGGAGAGGCAGCAGUGGGAGUGAGGAUGAUGAUUAUGGGGUCAGGAAGGGGAAGGAUGAUAGGGUUUAUGAUAGUGACGACUCAGACAACGAAGUGACAGACGACCUGAUCGGAGACAAGCGGAAAGUGUUUGAGUUCCUUAACAAAAGCAGUCUCAACGAGUUGUCAUUGCUCAGCGGAUGCUCUCAGAAGAAGGCUGAGGCGAUCAUUGCGCAGAGACCGUUCAAAGGCUGGUUAGAUAUGGUAGAAAAAUUCAACAGCAUCAAGAUGCUAAGCACAGACCUCCUCAACUCAACCCAAGAGCUGCUGACUACCAGAAACAACAUCCAGAGGCUGAUGAAGAAAUGCGUGGGAUUGGCUCAGCAGUUAGAAGCGGCCGUGGCGGCGGGAGCGGGCCGGCUCAAACAACCCGCCAUAUUGGAUUCUAGUUUAACUUUAGCCCCAUACCAGCUGGUUGGUCUCAACUGGUUAGCCGUGCUACAUAAGCAGGGUGUCUCCGGAAUCCUGGCCGAUGAGAUGGGACUUGGCAAGACUGUGCAAGUCAUAGCGUUCCUGGCACAUUUGAAGGAGACUGGACAAGCCAAGGGCACUCAUCUGAUUGUAGUGCCGGCUUCAACACUUGACAACUGGAGUGGCGAGCUAUCCCGCUGGUGCCCCGCCAUACGCGUGAGCAAAUACUACGGGCACCCCGAGGAGCGUCGUCAGCUGCGGAUACAGUACGCGCGGGGUAUGGAGGAUAUAGACGUCAUACUUACCACGUACACGAUGGUGAGCAGUUGCCCAGAAGAACGCAAGAUGUUCCGCAUAACGCCGCUGCACUACGUCAUCUACGACGAAGCACACAUGUUGAAAAACAUGUCUACCCAGCGAUAUGAUAAUCUACUCAAAAUUAAGUCAAAACACCGUCUUCUUCUAACGGGUACCCCGCUCCAAAACAAUCUACUCGAACUGAUGUCGCUGCUCUGCUUCGUGAUGCCGCACAUGUUUUCUGGGAAAACGGACGACCUUAAGAGCUUGUUCCAGAAGAAUGCUAAAUCCCUCCGAACCACAAAAAAAGGCGACGGCACCAAAGAAGACGACGUUCCCCCAUUCGAACAGAGCCAGAUCACGCAAGCCAAACGCAUCAUGAAACCUUUCGUGUUGCGUCGGUUAAAGAGAGACGUACUACAAGACUUGCCUAAGAAGACCAAUCAUACGGAGUUGUGCGCUAUGUCGGAUAGACAGGAGAAGUUGUAUAAGCAUCUGAUUGCUGGGUUCGCGGCUAAAGAUGGCACGAUCCACGCAACAAUGGAACAAAGCGGCAUUUCCAUGAUGAUGGACAUGCGAAAACUUGCCAACCACCCCUGCCUCCUCCGUUACUUCUACGAGGCCGACACCGUUCGGACGAUAGCGCAGCGCCUCGCCAAGGACCCCACAUAUAAAGAGAAGAAUGAACAAUACGCGUUCGAGGAUCUUAUGUGUCUCUCGGACUUUCAGAUACACCAGCUCACUCUUCAGAGUAUAAGCCAAUUCGCCCUCCCAAUAAGCCUCAUCCUGGACUCCGGCAAGUUUCUCAAGCUGGACGAGAUGCUGCCCAAACUGAAGGAGGAAGGCCACAGGGUGCUGGUGUUCAGCCAGUUCACCAUGAUGUUGGACGUCAUAGAACCGUAUCUCGUCCACCGCCAGUACCGGUACCUGAGGCUGGACGGACAGACCGCCGUCACGGACAGACAAGACCUAAUUGAUCAAUACAACGCCGAGGACAUCUUCGUGUUCCUACUGUCGACGCGCGCCGGCGGUCUCGGCAUCAACCUCACCGCCGCUGACACCGUCAUCAUACAUGACAUCGACUUCAACCCGUACAACGACAAGCAGGCCGAGGACAGAUGUCAUCGAAUGGGCCAAACGCGACCAGUGACCAUCUACCGACUGCUGAGUUCUGGUACUAUCGAGGAGGGCAUCUACCAGGUCGCACAAGAGAAGCUCAAUCUCGAGAAGGAGGUCACCGGGGCUGACGAAAACGAUACUCAAGAACAAAAGAACGUAGUGCGACUCCUGUCCGCCGCGCUCGGCCUGACCACGAACAAAUGAUAUUCGGCCGUGCAAGAGCCAGUGCUACCUGCAACACAGUGACUUUAUAUUGUAUAGGUUAGUAAAUAAUAGGUUGAUUGCUGACUGUUGGUGAACCCUAAUGCGGUGUGUUAAGGACUAUCUAUGGUUACUUAAUUGUGUCGAUCGGAACUUCUGGCAGAAUUCAUAAUCAGACAAACAAAUGAUAUUCGGCCGUGCAAGAGCCAGUGCUGCCUGUGACACAGUGACUUUAUAUUGUAUAGGUUAGUAGAUAACGGGUUGAUUGCUGACUGCUGGUGAACCUUAAUGCGGUGUGUUAAGGACUAUCUAUGGUUAUUUAAGUGGUGUUGUACUGAUCGGAACUUCUAGCUGAGUUUUUGAUUUGACUGUAUAAAGUGAUAACAAGCUGAAAUGCUGAAUUGUAUGUAUGUAUGUAUAUUUUCAUUUUUGCAUUAACAUUUUCAUUCGAACAUCGAACAAUAAUUGGGGCAUUAUCUAUGAAAUGGACCUUAUUGUCGAUGACGUCGCGCAGCAUUGCAUUUACAUAGGAACAUCAUUAGAUAACAUCACAAUUAAAAAAAAACGCUUUUACUUAAAAUUCAAAGCCACAUGGAGGUUCAUAUAAAACCGAGGACCUUAAUGUGUUUUGGUCAUUUUGUAAUAAAACACUGGGGAUUAGAAAAAGAAAGUCUGUCAGAAAUUCCGAUUCGUACUAUGGCUCUCAGUAACUCCAUGGAACUGAAACUUAUUGCCCGAAUAUGAACUCUAUUACUUAGUGUUAAGAACAGUCCCAUGGAACAAAAUGGGACAUGCCCAAAUUUGUAUUUGCAUUUGAAAUUAUUGAUGAAUUUGAAUGGUCCUCGAUUGGAAGAUUCUUGUGAAUAUUAAUUGUAAAUUGUAUUUAAAAUUAUUUCUACGAGUAUGUUAUUGAAAUAAGGUACGCUUCCGGUAUUGUAGACUUCGUUGUGUUUUUUUUUUAAAUUUGCAUCUAAAUUAAGACAGACAGAUAAAGCUUGACCAGAAAUACAGUAGUAGUGCAUAAUUAUUUUCCAUCGUAUUUCCACGGAAAGGUACGAACGAGUCUUUCUAUUUCAAACAGUCUCGGUACAUAAAGUACUGAGGUUGAUGAAGUAGCGUGACAAAUACGAACGUUUCCGAGAGAAUACGAUGGAAAACGAUUAUGCACUACAUCUGUAAAUACUUACAGGACAACCAAGUUUAACCUGUGGUAAGAUACAGUCAGCAGCUGAAGUAGUUAAGGGGUGAAGUAUCCAAAAUCACCUACAUAAUGCAUUUUUCUCAGCAAUUAUUUUGUGUUCAGAUCAUUGUGGACACCUCGCCUUAGCUUCAAAUGCUGACUGUACAUGUAAAUUGAUUGACAUAGUUACUCAUUUUGUGGAAAUAUGUUAUUGCAAGUAUUUUGUACAAAACUAAUAAAAGAUGAGCGCUAAAAAUAUGGUAAACAUUUCAGUACUUACGACAAAAAAACAAUAGUGCAAUGAAUGGAUACUUAUUUGUAUUGUUUUUUGGAGAAUUCUUGAUGAUUCUAAUAAUGUACAGUCAGGGCUAUUAGCUUCUCACUCAACACAAACAAGCGAAUAUCUUACUGUACAGUCGACGUCAAAGAUAUGUUUACACUUAUGCCUUACUCCUUUGUCAUAAGGUGAAAAAUGUAAACAUAGUAUCGUCUUGGCUCGUCCCAUUCGUUUUUCGUCAAGUUCUUAAAUUAGUCCUAUUCUGCUUUCGUCACUCAUUCCACAUUGAAAGCCACCGACGAUUGUGACGAAUGUAGAAUGGGUGACGAAAGCAGAAUAGGACUAAUUUAAGAACUUGACGAAAAACGAAUGGGACGGCCCAAGACGAUACCGUAAACAUAUCUUUGAAGUCGACUGUACCUACUGUAAAAGAUUUCAAAACUAAAUAAAUAAGUCGACGACACUUAGGAUGUUUUGUUAAUUAUAUGUUGUUAAACGUACAGUCACCCUUAAUAUUAUGUUACUCGAAGGCCGCAAAGAUAUGUGACACGCUCUUAUGGCUCUACAAAUAAGAUCGUGUCAGAUUUUUUUGCGGCCUUCGUUGUGUACAUAUUAUUGCAGGUGGCUGGUACAGUACCGAGCAAAAGUGUCCCAACAGUAUUGUACCUUUGUUUUAAACCUCACCUAAAUAGCAUUUAGUAUUCCUGAGGAAAACCACCAAAGUGAUUAUUUGCUACAAUAUGGUUGUUGAAAUAUAUGGAGAAAUUAUUAAAAUAGUGUAUACAAGCUGAGUGGAACACAAAAUAGCUGUACUUACAGAUAGUAGAAUUGAUGCUAUAGUCAGACCAAGAAAAGUCGUUAUUAUAUAUACGUCAUAAUUUCAUAGAAGUUUGACGUUUAAAAUAACACUUGCACAGCGUGGGCUAACAAAAUCGCUGCAGACUUUUCUUGGUCUAGCUCUAAUACUUGAAGCCCAUAAUUGUACAGUCAGCAGCAGAGGUGUUAAAAAUAACACACACACUUAAACUCCCUCAACAAAAAGUUUUGUUCGGAUGCUUUUUAAACACCUCGUUUGCUCAGCAACUUGCUGCACUACAUGUACAAUAGUGUCGAGUACCUUCAUAUAGUUUGGCCCAGGACUGUCUCGUUUCAAACAUAGGCAGAGAAAAUCGUACUAGAGAUGCAGCGGAUAUCCGGUUACUAUCCGGUAUCCGGCCAUUAUUUUACCAUCCGGCCGGAUACCGGAUAGUGAACUACUAUCCGGCCGGAUACCGGAUAGUGAACUACUAUCCGGCCGGCCGGAUACCGGAUAGCAGUGGCGGCGCGUCCAUAAAAGCCGAUUCCCACCGGCUUGCCUGUUAUUGGACGUUUGAACAGAGUUGUAAAGGAAAUAUGUAAGCCAAAUUAGCCCCGGCUUGCCUAUGGAUAUGUUUGACGCGCCGCCACUGCCGGAUAGUAACAUUGCUUGAUUUCGGAGUAAAACACUUUAAUCAUUCCACUGACUUGCACGCGCACUAAUUUCGUACCUAGAAAUGAGUCCGCGCGAACGUUCACUAGGAAACAGGUUGAACCUGCAGAAUGCGCACCUGAAAAACCGUAAUGUAGGUAUGGUUCCGCUGGCCGAAUAUUCGGCGGCCGGAUACCGGAUAUCCGGCCGAUGUUUAGGCCGAAUAUCCGGUAUCCGGCCAAACAACUAUCCGUUGCAUCUCUAAAUCAUACUAUCUUUGUACUAGCACCCGAAAAAAUGGAUGUGUAGAGUUUUCCUGGUUCAUACUGACUGACAAGAUAUGUUGACCAGACUAUAAUUAGUUUCACCGACUGGUCAGUUCACAAUCUUCAUAUUGUAGCAGAAUAUUCAAAUUAUUUGUAUUAUUUAUAUUAAUUUUUUAGAUAAUUUUCGUUGUAAGUAGGUAGUUAAUUUUCAUUGUUUGUUUUAGACAUUCCGUGGCAAAUGUUAUUUAGUUUAGACAAUCUCACUAUUUUAUUUUAUCAAUUUAAGUGUAAUUAUGUCAUUGUUUAUAAGUAAAUGUGAUUUUAACUCUUGACUUGUUGCUUUUUUGCUCUAGUAGAGAAAACUCUAAAUAUUAUUUAUAGACAAUAUUAAUUUGCACGUCUAAAUUUAAAGUGUUAUUUUUUGCAAAAUUAAAAUAUACAUAUUAUCAAAUCUCGUAAUCCAAGUAAAGGCGAUUAGUGAAUGAUGCCCAAAAGAAUGUUAAAUAUAGAUGGUCAAGCAAAUCUCGUCAGUAGAAUAAGUUCACAUUUUUUUCACAUUCACAUUUAACAUUUUUCGCGCCUUAGCGCGAAAUUCAAAUUUUCUAUGAGACGACAUCCCUUCGCGCCUACAUUUUUCAAAUUUGCCGCCUUUUUCUACUGACAAGAUCUACUUGACCAACUAUAAAUUCAAAACAGCAUUGUAUUUAAAUGACGCGUCAUUUUGUGCUUAGCCUAUUCUUAGGGCCGAUACAGACGGACUGCAACCCGACUACCAUUGGUAUGGGAACUGCACGCCAACUGCAACGCCGACGUUCCCAUACAAAUUGCAGUACAUCUGUACCGGUCCUUAUGAUGCGACACUUAUUUAAUUCACCAUAUUAAUUGGGUACUCGUUCCCUACCGUCCCUGACUUAAACUUUUUUCGACAAAUUAAUAAUAAUUAUUCAUUACCCCAUAUGUUUCAUAAUUAAAGGCAUCUAAAUAACAAUGUACAUUAUUAGUUGUAAGUUAUUAUUGUAACAAUUGCUGGCAAAUUGAAUUAUUACUGAAAAUAUGUGGUGUUCAUUUCAAUAUUUAAACCUUUAAAGUAUAUUAUGGUGUAACAAAACGUAAUUGCAUUAAAAAAUGUUUAAUUUCCCGUCAUAGACUAGGAAUCCUCUAGACGGAGUUUAGAGCAAUUAUUUCAUGCAACCGAUGCUGCCAAAAAUGCGGGGGUGCGCGGGACGAGGUGAGCGAAGUCCCGUGCCAUGAUUGGUCCGUUCAAACGACGAACGAGUUCACGGACGUCACACAAAGACACUUUUGACUCGAACAUGGAGUAAAAUUACCGUAUGCGUGGCAGCGGGGGUAGCGCGACUAUGCUCAGUCUAGAGGAUAUUUUGUCCGUGUUUCCCGUCUAUCAACCAGUAGGGAAAAAUAUUUACAAAAAUUAUUUGGAACUUAGUACUUAUUCCCAAAUUUAUAUGAAGGAAAAAUAAUUGCAAGGAACAGAUGCUUCAUUUCCGAAAAAGUAUUUUUUUUAUAGUUUCAGCUGUUAUAACACUAACUUUAUGUAUUUAGCCCUUCCAAUUUGUGAUGUAUGUAUUCAAAUUCACUUAUAUAUAAUAAAAGCACAUCUAAGAAGUUUGCUACAUAACGAAUUAUAACUAUGACUGUAUCUCGUGAACAUGUAAAUUAAAUAAAAAGUGAGAUUAUAUUAUUUCACACAAACGGAAAAGUGACGUAGAUGUAACGUAGUGUAAAGUGUAGAUGUAAGAUAUCGCUGCUUGAUACACGCAAUCGAAAACGAACCUUAUGCGUAUGCUUUAAGGAUCAUUUUCAAAGUAACUGACGCGCUAGAUAGCACCGAGUGAGAGCAAUAUUUUCGUCUCGCUCUAUCGUAGCGCGGAGACCUCAGCGUUGGCAAUGAAUUUUAAAUCUUAAUUUGGUGUAUUUAAAGAUGAAUUUGGAUAGUCUGGUGUGUCAAGCAGCAGGUAAUGUAUGACUUGGGCUAGCUGUAUGAGAUACGAUAAGUUUAUUUUGUUAUGUGGAAGCAAAGAAAUUGUUGAAUAGG